CUCCAAGCCUCCCUCCCUCCCAGCAGGUGAUGUGUAAAUCUGGAAGGACCUCCAGAGUGAAAAGGAUCUCUGCUGAUCACUGAACACCGUCACAGGCGUGUUGAUCACUCAGCCGGACAGAUAUAGCAGCGUCCCAGACUGGAGCUGCAGAAUCCGAAGCGUCAGUCGCCUUCACGCCGUUUCUGGAGACCAACACUGGUGGAAGAAACAUGGAGAUUACCCUUGAAGACAAAAACCACAACUCUUCAGGAAACUUUGAGUUCAAGGCGGCUCAUCAGGCGUUCAGGGACCGCUGGAAGGAGACGGACGACACCAUGUGUCGCCACAGCAUGUCCUUCCACCUGCACCACAAACUCCAGAGCGACUUCUUCGCCAGCUACCUGUACCUGAUGGAGAAGAUCCCUCUGGUGAAGCUGUUUCCCGUCACCUGCGAGUUCAUCAAGGGAGAGAAGCAGUUCUACUACCGAGCGCAGAAGUUCUACGAAGACGUCCCGGCCUCCGAGGAGGGCAUGAUGGGAGACUUCGUUGAGAUUUCCAACGUGGAUCUGGAAAGCUCCCGUCAGUUUCUGAAGAGGUUUGUGGGGCCGGGGAAAGCCGGGACACACUGCGCUCUGGACUGUGGCUCCGGGAUCGGACGCGUCUCCAAGGGCGUCCUUCUUCCCGUGUUUGAGAAAGUAGAGAUGGCCGACAUGAUGGAGCACUUCCUGCUCCACGCGCACGAGGAGUAUCUGGGCGACGACGCCGACCGCAUCGAGACCUACUACUGCUUCAACCUGCAGGAGUUCACGCCUCCCAGAAACAAGUACGAUGUCAUCUGGAUGCAGUGGGUGGCGUGCCACCUGACAGACAAAGACCUGCUGAACUUCCUGAUUCGCUGCAAGAAGAGCCUCCGCCCCAACGGCGUCCUCAUCAUCAAGGACAACAUGGCGCGGCAGGGCUGCAAGCUGGACCCCAUCGACAGCAGCAUCAGCCGCCACCUGGACAUCAUGAAGGUUAUCGUGUCCAAAGCCGGCCUGGAGAUCCUGGCGGUGGAGCGGCAGGAAGGAUUCCCAGAGGUCAUCAUGCCCGUCUGGAUGAUGGCCAUGAAGUGAACAGCCUCCAAUCAGAAACGUUUCACUCGACACCAGAUGGUUUUAAGAUGCUGGGAGGAACACGGAGAGUGGUUCUGGUUCUGUUUCCCUGCUGGUCCGGUUUUUCUGAGAGGUGACGGUG